GAAAGUGAGUAAGAGAUGGGUGGUCAUGAAUUUUGUUGGAUUUGAAUGAGUGAAAAUGUAGGAAACGAAAACAGAAUAAUAAUAAACAAAAUAAUGCUCGUCCACAUUCCAAAUCCAAUAGCCAGUCCACCUCUUUUCAGAACAAGAACCAGAACACAAAAAAUCACCAUCUUCAACAACAAGAAGAAUACAACCAAUACCUUUAGCCAUCUACGCAGAGCAAGCAGCGGCUGCGCCAUAAUCAUCGCAAGCUACGUCGCGGCAUGGACCGUCGUAGUCGCAGCUGGUGCGGUAGUAUUAGAUGGCGGCUCUGCUGCAUUGCAACGACAGCAACAAGAAGAUGCGGAGAGUAGUACUCUAGCCAACAUACCUCAGACUUUAUCCAGUGGGUGUGAGUCAUCAUCAGCCAAGGAUUGCAAAAGGCCGAGAAUUCAGAAGCCUAAGUCGAGAAAAGCGGAAUCAUGUACUCUCAAGUGUCUCACCACUUGCAUCCGGGGCGGCGGAGGCUCUCCCGGGGAGGGCCCUCUUAAUAUCAGAAGCAGACCUCUAGUUGUUUUCAAGGAAGGAUUUCGAAGCCGUCAAUACUGUUUGGUGGAAUGCUCAGAUAUCUGUAAUUUGAUUGGAGAUGGAGAUGAUGGACCUUAAUUAUAGAAUUGUGGGUAUUCUCAACAAAAGAAAAUGAAAUUGUACCUUCCUUCCACAUUCAUUAGCUUGUAUAAAGUAAUUUCAUUUUAGUCAUUAAUUUUAAUUUACAUGAAUUAGUGUA